GUUUACUUGAGCAAAUGCCACGUCUUACCAGGAGCAUCAACGCAGACAGAUAAAUUAGCUGUUAAACCAUCACAGCACACACGGGACGGGGAGUUAUCCAGCGAACGGACUGGUGGAAAUAUCUUAAACAAUCCGGGUUAAAAUGGGCUGUCUACGACUGCUGGCACUGACCGUGGUCACAUCUGCACUACUACUGUUGGCCUCGCAGCCAACCGCGUCUCACAGCCACUCUCACGGUGACCAUGGACACGCCCAUUCCCACGGCCACCACCAUGGCCACCAUCAUCACGGCCACUCCCACGGCGAGGAUGAUAAUGUCAGGAUGUUUCAUGGAGCAAGCAAGUGGAGCGCCGAGGCUAACCAGCCUUUAGAAGAGGACGAGGAGGAGGAGCAUCAUGGACACGCCCAUUCACAUGAUCACGGACACGCACACUCUCAUGACCACGGGCACGCACACUCUCAUGACCACGGGCACGCACACUCUCAUGACCACGGCCACGCACACUCUCAUGACCACGGCCACGCACACUCUCAUGACCAUGGGCAUGCACACUCUCAUGAUCACGGUCACGCCCACGAAGACGCAGAUCAUGAAGAUGUCGUUCGGGUGCACAAAGAGGAGGCCGCUCAUGGACACUCACAUGGAGGAGAGAGAGUGAAGAGGGACGUGGAGAAGAGGGACGUGGUGGAGCUCUGGACACAGGCUAUCGGAGCGACUCUGCUGAUCAGCGCAGCUCCUUUCCUCAUCCUGUUUCUGAUCCCCGUUCAGUCCAACAGCGACCAGCACCAGAACCUGCUCAAGGUGCUGCUCAGCUUCGCCUCUGGAGGACUGCUGGGGGACGCCUUCCUCCACCUCAUACCUCACGCUCUGGAGCCGCACUCACACCACGAAGAAGAUCACGGACACUCGCAUGCAAGUGAAGCUUCCCACGGACACUCCCAUGGAGCUGCUCACGGUCACAUGAUGUCCGUGGGUCUAUGGGUGCUCGGGGGGAUCAUUGCCUUCCUGAUUGUGGAGAAAUUUGUGCGUCUUCUGAAGGGAGGACACGGUCAUGGACACUCACACGGACACUCACAUGAUGCUCCCAAAGCGAAGGACAGCGACGGAGAAGAAGAAACAGAGGAGAAGAAAAAGGAGGAAAGCAAAGACGAGAAGAAGGGACCAAAGAAAGAGGAGCAGCAGGUCACAGACAUCAAGGUAUCUGGUUACCUGAACCUGGCGGCCGACUUCACACAUAAUUUCACCGACGGCCUUGCAAUUGGAGCAUCAUUCCUGGUUGGUCCGGCAGUUGGUGCCGUCACCACCCUCACCAUCCUGUUGCAUGAGGUCCCACAUGAGAUCGGAGACUUCGCCAUCCUCGUCCAGUCCGGCUGCACCAAAAGAAAGGCCAUGUGUCUACAGCUGCUGACGGCUCUGGGAGCUCUAGCCGGCACAGCUUGCUCCUUAUUGGCUGAGGGCGUUGGGGCGGCAGCGACCGCCUGGAUCCUGCCGUUCACUGCCGGCGGGUUUGUUUACAUCGCUACGGUGACAGUGCUCCCUGAACUGCUGGCGGGCCGCUCCAGUUUUGGCCAGAGUCUGAUGGAGAUUCUGGCUCUGCUGUUUGGAGUCGGCAUGAUGGUGCUGAUCGCCGAGUACGAGUGAGAUGCAGCAUAAAACUUGUGAAAUCAGAUGGAUGAGAAGGGCAAAGGUAAAGGGCAAAAACGGUUCAAAACGGUUUGAUAGAAGGCGCUUUAUAGUGAGGUUCAGCUGGAUUCUUGUUUGUCAGGGUGUGUUUCUUCUUUGUUUUUUUAUUAAUUGUGUUUUGGGACAAACACCACAGAAUGAUGACCAACGGAUGAUCUUUGUCGUCUUGUUUUUAGCCGCUUACAUCCUGCAUUUGUGGGGUUUUUUUUUCGGCCUCUUAAAAACUGUUUAGCAGGAGAGACUUGAAAGAAAUGAACUGUGGCUGAAGUUUUUCAAGGACUGCUGUGUUAACUGAGCGCCCCCUUCAGGCCAGGAGCUGAAAUCUUCACUCACUGCCCUCACUACAUGGAUCAUCCUGCUACAGUGCCACUGCAGCUUCAACUGACAGCCAGUCCCACGCAAAAUUGGCUGCAAGCCUCAGCCAUUACUGAAUAUUUUGUAUCAUUUUUGUUUGAUUCUUUAAAAAUACAUUUCAGAGACCAAAACCGUCACUGACCUGCUGGUUACUUAUGUCUAAAGUGUAAUUCUGAUUAUUUUAAACCUUGGCCGUUUUUUUAAUAAAAGGUCCAAAAAGUCA